UUCGUCGUUGCAGGGCUGGGCAACUGCGAUCUGAACGGCGUGACGAUUGGGACGACGAGGAGCGGUAAUACGCGCGAAGGCGAGCUGCAAUGGAACGUGAAAGUGAUCAACAAUUGUGCGUGCCCCAUCAGCAACCUGGUCGUUUCAUGCAAAGGAUUCGCUAGCACUCUGCCAGUAAACCCGACUCUGUUCAAGCAGAACGGCGACAAGUGCCUUGUCAAUGGCGGCAACCCUCAUGCUCCCAAGGCCUCUGUCAAGUUCUCUUACACCUGGCACAGUCCCACCAUUCUCAUUCCCAACAGCCUUUCCAGUUCUUGUUGA